CUCAUAACUGAGCUGCUCGCCAUUUAAAGGUCUCAGGGAUCAUCACCCGCGAAGGCUUCGCUAUUUUCCAACAAGUUACAAGGAGGUUCUUCGGACUUUUGGUAGACACAAUGGAUGUAAACAAGACAAAGUGUCUCAAACGAGUGUUGAAGCCAGUUAUCGAGAAGAAACGAAGGGAUCGAAUAAAUCUGAAUUUGAACGAGCUAAGGAUGUUGUUGCUGAGAUGCACGAAAGACACGCGUUUGCAGAAUCCCAAACUGGAAAAAGCGGAGAUUUUAGACCUUGCAGUUCAGUACCUCAGGAGGGAUACGGAAAGGCAUAGCAAAAUAAACGGUAAGAGUAAAUCAAUGUUUUACUCAAAAGUUAUUGAAAGUAGAAAAAAAAACAUUCAGGAACCUGUGGCCCAACAUUCACUUGAUGAAGAUGUCAACCCUGAAAGAUCUACGCCAGGACAUCAAACCCUCCAUGCCCAGUUCAGUCCAAUCUACACUGCAGGUUUUCACCAGUGCCUAUCCAAGGUAUCCAGCUACAUGACUACUACAGACUCGUCUGAGGCGGACUCUGACGUCACCAAGCUAAAGGUCUGCCUGGACGGUCACCUCACCAGCUCUGGCCGGCGGGGACAUGGAAAAGAACAACAGCUCCCAACAAAUGAUGCCCCAACCAGCAGGCUUUCUGACUCCCCCCUUAUGUCUCAGCAGCUCACUCCUCCUCACUCUCCAUUCUUCUCCUGCUCUUCUUCCACACACUCCCCCCCUCCCCCACCUCCCUCCCUCUCCCAUGGCCCAUCAUUCUCACACAACACAUCACUACAUUCUUUUGACAUCGAUCAGCGCUCACCCUCGUCUUCCUCCCCGGCCCCCGCUUUCCCCCACCUUAGUCGUCUCACAACCUCCCAAUCCCCUUCUCCCAUCUGGAGACCAGCUGUUUCAUAUCCAACUGGCUCGACAUGGCGGCCAUGGAACUGAGCAUUUCACACAGGUGACCAAAUGCGAACGGACAGACAUGGGUUUUUAAAUCUCCGCUCACUUAAGACAGACACCUGGAGGACAUAAGAUGCUGACGAGUCGGGAGUGAACACUGUGUGAA